GCCAAACAUUACAACAUGAGUAAAAGCAAAGUUGACAACCAGUUCUACAGUGUAGAAGUAGGAGAUUCGACCUUCACAGUCCUCAAACGCUACCAGAAUCUCAAGCCUAUAGGCUCUGGGGCUCAGGGAAUUGUUUGCGCUGCCUAUGAUGCUGUCCUUGAUAGAAAUGUGGCCAUUAAAAAACUUAGCAGACCCUUUCAAAAUCAAACACAUGCCAAACGGGCAUACAGAGAGCUUGUAUUAAUGAAGUGUGUGAAUCAUAAAAAUAUUAUCAGUUUAUUAAAUGUGUUUACACCACAGAAAUCGCUUGAGGACUUCCAAGAUGUUUACCUAGUAAUGGAAUUGAUGGAUGCCAACUUGUGUCAGGUGAUUCAGAUGGAACUAGAUCACGAGCGAAUGUCUUACCUGCUUUACCAAAUGUUAUGUGGCAUUAAACAUCUGCACUCAGCUGGAAUCAUCCACAGGGAUUUGAAACCAAGUAAUAUUGUUGUAAAGUCAGAUUGCACAUUGAAAAUUCUUGACUUUGGAUUGGCAAGAACUGCAGGCACAAGCUUCAUGAUGACUCCUUACGUGGUUACCCGGUAUUAUCGAGCGCCUGAAGUCAUUCUUGGAAUGGGAUACAAAGAAAAUGUGGAUAUUUGGUCUGUGGGAUGCAUUAUGGGAGAAAUGGUCCGCCACAAGAUCCUCUUUCCUGGAAGGGACUAUAUUGACCAGUGGAACAAGGUAAUAGAGCAACUGGGAACGCCGUGCCCUGAGUUCAUGAAGAAACUUCAGCCAACAGUUCGGAAUUAUGUGGAGAACAGACCUAAAUAUGCAGGCCUAACUUUCCCCAAGCUUUUUCCAGACUCACUAUUCCCAGCUGAUUCAGAGCAUAAUAAACUCAAAGCCAGUCAAGCAAGAGACCUUUUAUCAAAGAUGCUUGUCAUUGACCCUGCAAAGAGGAUAUCAGUGGAUGAAGCAUUACAGCAUCCGUAUAUAAAUGUCUGGUAUGACCCCGCAGAGGUUGACGCGGAACCUAUGAGGGAGAGAUGGAAUGGACAGCCAGUCAAAACACAGAAUAAUGAAAAGCCCCCACCGCAGAUUUACGACAAACAGUUGGAUGAAAGAGAACACACCAUUGAAGAAUGGAAAGAACUCAUCUACAAAGAAGUUAUGAACUUUGAAGAAAGAACUAAAAACGGAGUAGUAAAAGGACAGCCCUCUCCUUCAGGUGCAGCAGUGAACAGUAGCGAGAGUCUCCCUCCAUCCUCGUCCGUUAAUGAUAUCUCCUCCAUGUCCACUGACCAAACACUGGCAUCUGAUACAGACAGCAGCCUGGAAGCUUCCGCAGGACCCCUCGGUUGUUGCAGGUGACU